GGCCGCCCGAGGAUGACAAAGCAGCGGCCGGCGGCGCGGGACCCGCCCCCCGCGCUCGGCGGGUGCGUCGGCCGCCCCGGCGCGGCUGUUAUGGAAACCGGCCGGGCGCGCAGGAGGCGAUAAUGGGGCGGCCAUGGCCCGGGCCGGCAGCUCCAGCAGCGACGCGGCCGCGGGGGAGCGGGCCGGGGGCGCGGGGCGGCCCGAGCCGUGGGAGCUGUCCCUGGAGGAGGUGCUGAAGGCGUACGAGCAGCCCAUCAACGAGGAGCAGGCGUGGGCCGUGUGCUUCCAGGGCUGCCGCGGGCUGCGGGGCGCGCCGGGCGGCGGGCGGCGCAUCCGGGACACGGCGGACAUCCUCCUGCGCCGGGACGGCUCGGUCAGCGCGCGGCGGGAGCCGGGCGCCGCGGAGUCCACAACGAUGGUGUUGUCACCAACCAGCUCAGAAGCCCAGAUGGUGCAGUCACUGGGCUUUGCCAUUUACCGCGCGCUGGACUGGGGUCUGGACGACAGCGAGGAGCGAGAGCUCAGCCCGCAGCUGGAGCGGCUCAUCGACCUCAUGGCCAACAAUGACUGUGAGGACAGUGGCUGUGGGGCUGCUGACGAGGGCUAUGGGGGCCCGGAGGAGGAAGAGGAGGCCGAGGGCAGCCCCCGCGCCGUGCGCACCUUUGCCCAGGCCAUGCGGCUGUGCGCGGCCCGCCUGACCGACCCCCGGGGCGCGCAGGCCCACUACCAGGCCGUGUGCCGGGCGCUCUUUGUGGAGACACUGGAGCUGCGGGCCUUCCUCGUCAGGGUCCACGAGGCCAAGGAGAUGCUGCAGAAGCUUCGGGAGGAUGAGCUGCAGGCAGAGAAGCCCCUGGCAGAGCUUGACAACCUGGGACACACGGACUGGGCCCGACUCUGGGUGCAGCUCAUGAGGGAGCUCCGCCAUGGAGUGAAGCUCAAGAAGGUGCAGGAGCAGGAAUUCAACCCCUUGCCCACUGAGUUCCAGCUCACCCCCUUUGAGAUGCUGAUGCAGGACAUCCGCGCCAGGAACUACAAACUACGCAAGGUCAUGGUCGAUGGAGACAUCCCUCCCCGGGUGAAGAAGGAUGCCCAUGAACUCAUCCUGGACUUCAUCCGGUCCCGGCCUCCACUGAAACAGCUGCCAUACUCCCCCCAGGUCUCGGAGAGAAGGCUUCGCCCCUUACCGCAAAAGCAGAGAACCCUGCACGAGAAGAUCCUGGAGGAGAUCAAGCAGGAGCGGAGGCUGCGCCCAGUGGGGGGCAAGCACUGGGGUGGCCGGGGGUUUGGCUCUCUGCCCUGCAUUCUCAAUGCCUGUUCAGGGGACACCAAAUCCACUUCUUGCAUCAACCUGUUGGAUGCCGGGAACAACACGCAGCGCCCACGGCCCCGGGUCCUGCUCAAGGCACCCACGUUGGCUGAGAUGGAGGAGAUGAACACAUCUGAGGAGGAAGAGUCUCCAUGUGGGGAGGUGACACUGAAGCGGGACCGCUCUUUCUCAGAGCAUGACCUGAUCAAGCUCCGGAGUGAAGUGGCCUCUAGCCUGCAGCCAGCCACUCAGCCCCAAGGAGGGUUGGAAUCAUCCCGGCCCCGUGCAGGCAGCGUGCACACUUGGAGGCCAAGCGCCCAGGAGCAAGGUCCCUUCCCAGUGAGUGUCCAGGCCCAGCCUGACCCCAGCUCCCCACCACACAGUGACCUGGGCUCAGCAGAGGACCAGCCAAAGGCUUCUGCGGCCCGAGACACCCAUCACCUGUGGCUGGAGUUCAGCCACCCUGUGGAGAGCCUCGCUCUGACUGUGGAGGAGGUGAUGGACGUGCGCCGUGUGCUGGUGAAGGCCGAGAUGGAGAAGUUCCUGCAGAACAAGGAGCUCGUCAGCAGUCUAAGGAAGGGGAAGAUUUGUUGCUGCUGCCGAACCAAGUUCCCGCUGUUCUCCUGGCCACCCACCUGUCUCUUUUGCAAGAGGGCUGUCUGCACAUCCUGCAGCAUAAAGAUGAAGAUGCCUUCUAAGAAGUUUGCGCACAUUCCCGUCUACACGCUGGGCUUUGAGAGUCCUCGGAGGGUGUCAACUACCAGAACUACACCGACCCAGAGAAGAGAUCCCUUCCAAUCCCUGCAGGGGCCCCAGUGGCAGAGUGUGGAGCAGGCAUUCCCACACAUCUACACCCACGGCUGUGUCCUCAAGGAUGUGUGCAGCGACUGCACCAGCUUCGUGGCAGAUGUGGUACGCUCUAGCCGCAAGAGUGUGGAUGCCCUCAACACCACGCCUCGCCGUACCCGCCAAACCCAGUCCCUCUACAUCCCUAACACCUGGACUCUCAACUUCAAGUGAUGGCUCUCAGCCUUCCUGGGCCACCUAGCCAGAGGCUUUUUCAAGGUGGCCAGGUCUCUGGAGAGGAGCCAGGCUAGUCCUGCCCCCUGGCUAAGAAACUCCCCAUCCUGGGCCACAGCUGCUGGCCUGCCCUUCUGAGUGUGCAUGUACAUAUAUACAUAUAUAGAUACGUUUAUAUAAUAUAUACACACAGUCUAUAUAUUUAUAUACAUGUUUUCUGGCCCCAGAGUUUAUUUGGGGUCAGGCUUACUCCAGGACCCUCCCCGGGGGAGGCUGUUUGCUUUUGGGAGUCCUUGGCUGGGGGUAGGGGAUUGCACUGGAGUAGGUUUUCUCACUCAGGAAGAAGGGCAGGUUGGAGACACAACAGUGGAUUCCAGAUGAUAGGGCUUUGGGAAGACCCCCACCCAUGUUGGUUCUCUUCUCCAUCCCCAAGAAUCAGAACACAGCAGCUUCCCCUCCCUGGGUAGAUGUCCAGGCUGGGACAGGAUGCUUUGGUCCCCAGGUAGACAGGAGCACUCUGAGCAGAACCUGGUCUGCAGAGGCAGCCAGGAAGACCAGGAGUGGACAGAUACUUUCCUAGCGGCAUCAUGCCCUUCCAAUUGCAAGGUUCAAGGCCAAGCUCCCUCCUUGCCCCCUGCCCAGCUUCCAUGCCCCAGCCAUCCUCACAGACUCAGAGGUCCAGAGAUGGUGCUGGUUCCAGGGCCCUGGUGAUGCUGGUGAUCCUGGUGCAGGGAGGAACUCUGUAAAUUUGUACACACAGCUGCUCUUGGCCUAAUAAAGGUGGUCUCACAGUCUUUUGUCUGGGGUGUGGGCUGAGGACUAUUGAGCCACAGUGAUGGGCACAUUCUCUGAGGGCAGAAGCUGGGCUUUUAGGGGCUACCUGCCCUCUGGUGCACAUUCAGGAUGCCCAUCAUGGGAUGAAGGUGCUCAGGCCCACUCCUGUCCAUGAUGCCCAACUUCAUGAUCUGGCCAUCUUGGUCCCAUGGCCGGCAGGGUUGCAUGUGGCUCAGCCUGAUGCCUAUAAACUGCCGGCCUCAUCCCCAGAUCCCUACUCCCGUUCUCUGGGCAGAUGAUUCCCUUAGGGCUUGCAGGGUGGGGGGGGCAGCUCCACCUGCUCUUCAGGAGAAUGGCUAGAGAAGCACCUACGUGCUCCGCCUGCCACAUGCAUCUGGGAGGUGGGUGUCAACCCACCUUACCGGUAAGGAAACUGAGGCUCAAGAGGGGAAGGAAUUUGGCCAAAGACAGCUCACCUGGGACCUCAACCCAGGCCUAUUGGAUGCCAGGCUCUAAUUGUCUGUCACAUGGACGGGGGCCCAGAGGAGGCCCCAAGGGUCAGGACUUGUAACACAGGGGCCUGCAGGAGAGGGUACUUCAUCAGUUGGCGUCCAUGACAUUCAAUUACACUAAAUUACAACAGCCAAUAAAAACAUCAGCUUCCAACACUUAUGGGCACUUCAUGGGCAGGGAGUAUUAUUAUUCCCAUUUAAAAAUGAGAAAGCAAAGGGGUUCCUUAAGCUCAGUCGCUUAAGUGUCCAACCCUUGAUGUCGGCUCAGGUCAUGAUCGCAGGGUCAUGAGACCGAGCCCCUUGUUGGUCUCCCCCCUUGGACAUGGAGCCUUCUGCCCCACUCUCCCUCUCUUAAAAAAAAAGAAAAAGAAAAAAAUGAGAAGCAGAUACAGAGAGGGUAAAGAUUUGCUCCUAGUCACACAGCCAGCAAUGGGAAAGCUAGUAUUUGUGCAGCAACCUCCAUGGGCAGCUGCUCCUGGGAAGUGAGCGCUGUUGUCAUUGUUUUAAUUACACAGGUGAGGAAGUGGGCCAGGGAAUAGGUUGAGGCCCACGUUCCCAAUAGUGGGAAACCAGGGUUCUACUCCACACAGGAAUACUUGGAUAUAAAAAUAAAAACCCAUGUUGGGACAGCUAGGCUGACCUGCAAGGGGCCCACAUAAAUCUUGAAGGUGAAGUGGGAAGGGUGUUUCCACAUUCUUGUGGAACUCGCCUCCUGCUGGCCCCAGGUACUGAAAGCCGUGCAGUCACCCCAUUGAACCAAGCCCUAUCUCUACCUCACCUAAUUUAGAUUGUGACCAACGGAGCUUUCUCUAGAGCUGUUUACAACCAAACUCCUUACUGAGGGCCAUGCCUUCGGUGGUACAGGGAGAUAUUUCAUGAUUUCCACUCAGGUUGGGCCUGAUGUUACAUCUCUCAGUGGCACAUGGCUGCUCUCUUGUGGAAGCACAAAGGAGGGAGCAUUUCCAGGCUGAGACUCCCCAAGUUUUCAUCCACAGGGGAGGCAAGACACCUGCAUAAAUCGGUCACACUGCUUCAGGGGUGACACAAUCUAUUUAGCCUGGCCAUGGACAGUAGCAUGGACAAGGGAGUGUUGUCCUGGAGGUUCCCCCGGGGCUGAGCGUAGCCCUUUAAUAACAGGAUUACGGAGAGUAAAGAGGGUAAAUUCUAGGGGACUCCAGGGGAGUGGCUGGAGCAGGUGGUGCAUGUCGGGGACUAGAGACAGCCAAUGUGAAGUCCUGCAAGAUCCUGAGGACCAGUACAGGCUGACCAGCCACGCACACCUGUGUGCACACACCCUCUCCCUCUGUGUGUCUCCGGAGACUCAAUUCCCAAUCUGAGAGAGGAACAUUCAGACUUAGGGAGGAAAGCAGGAUGGGGUGGAGCUCAAGGGUCAAGGGAGAGGGAUCCCAGAGGCCAUGACCCACCCGGUCCCUGUCUCCCUUUCUUGGUCCUUGCCAGUGGCCUUCCUCAUUUGAACCUCGGAACCACAGACCUGCAUGCAAAUCCAGGUUCCACCUGGGCCAGUUACUCUCUGAAUCCCAGUUUACUUGUAAACGGUGGGGAUACCUAUUCCCAGGAUGUAAGAAUUUGGUAGAGUGCCAUCGCCACACUCAAGGCUGCCGUCUCCUCUUUUCUAACACACUCACACCAUUUCCUCUUGCUCCUGCAUUUAGAGCUCUGCAGUGCAGAGGUUCUCAAUCUUGCCUGCACAUUUCAGUCCCCUGAAGAGCUCUUAAUAUCAAUGCCCGACCCCACCUCGGAAUUGCUAGGGAUGGGUCCUUGAUCUUUAUUGCAAAAAUCUCCCCAGGAGGUUAAAACACAGUAAGGGAUUCCCGUACCUAGACGAACAGGAGAAUCGCCGGGGACGCAUUAACGACAACAAAAGGCAAACGCCCAGGACAGCCCCUAAAACUCAGUUUCAGUCUAUCCCGGGGAGGAAGACGUCCAGAAAUCUGCAGCUUUGGGAAGCUCCUCGAUUUGGAUGUUACUUUUAAUGAGGGAGAUGUCCCGCCUGCAACCGCGGAGGCAGACCGAGAGC